AUGGCGGAGUUGCAUGCUCUGCUGCGGACACGAGAUCUGACGAGUUUGCUGCUGCACGAGCUCGCGCACCCGGCUCCGUUCCCGACCGCACUGGACGCAGCACCGUUGACGUCCAUGCAGCUCGCGGUCGGUGCGGUGCUGUACGCGCACGACUGCUCGGGACCAGGGGGGCAGGCGUUCCCGCACAACCUCGGCCCAUCACGACACUCUUCUUCUGAACCUCUCGAGCGGGAGUUCGACCAGCGGACAUCAGAACGGAUACAUGCCCGAUGUCGAGAGCAGGGAACAGAAUUCGUGCACGUGCUCGUGUACCUUGCUGCCGCGGCCUUCGGAUCACAAACCUACGACCGUGGCACACCGACGCGCAUCGAGCUCCCGACGCCGUACACCUCCCCUCUGCCGAGCCUGAGCCCGACGCCUUCGUUGUCAAGCGACUCGAGCAGCGUCAUCUCAGAGGAGGAAGUGAGCAAUCCCGUGCUCGUCUCGCAGUUUGCGCCCCGGUGCGCAGAGACGAUAUGGCGGAAAGCGGCGGCCCUGACGAAGCGGGAAAAGAGGGAGCACACGAGUCUGCGGCAGCUGGCCAAGUUUGCUGCCGCGGCCAAGGCGGAGGUGCAGGACUGUAUCCGGAGCGCGAGGCGGGAGGACGAGAGUAACCCCGGUCUCGGGUUAGUGGGAUUCAGCAUGCCGAACCGGCCGGCGCCGGUGCCCGAGUGUGUCGAGGAUGGGAGCACGUCUCCGACCGCAGGCACCUUUGCUUCCUCAGGAAGCAUGGACGCAUGUCCCAGCUCCAGCUCCGCGUCGCGACAAGCGAAGCGGAGACGGCGCGCAUCGCCCCUGCUCGGGAUCCAGAACCUCGGCUCGCUGGACGCCCUCUACGCCCCCGACAUUGAAGGGCUUGUCGAUGGGCUCCAGGUUCGGAGAAUGUCGACGGGGAAACGACGCAGCGGCGUGCUCCUGUAUUACUUCGAGUUUGGGGGCAGGGUCACGCUCAGCGUGUCUGCUGAUGAGGGAUAUGAGUUGAGGCGGUGGUGGGACGAACUUGGCGACUUGAUUGAUGACUUGUUCGCUCCGCCGGUGGAACCGCCGACCAAGCUCGAGUGGGGAGGCAUGGUGGAACCGCCGGAUGUGCUGGAGGCCGACUGGUGA